GAAUCGCCUAAACACCUCACUUUUAUCGGCGCUUGAACAAUACCGGAUGAACCACCAUUCUUGGAACCAGUGAAUCUUAAAGAUACCUUAAAGCUAAAGGAAGACCACGGCUAGGAAUUAAUUAUUCACCGCUACAUGCGAAGGUGAAACGAUCGGAAGUGAAAAGGCUCGAUUGCCAUGGCGAGCCAAUUAUGGAAGGUACUGUCCCGAAGACGGACUGAAGACGACGUCACGGACAAACACGAGCUAGCGAGGGUGUUGGGUUUGUUCGACCUCACGGCGCUUGGCGUCGGUUCGACCCUCGGUCUCGGUGUCUACGUCCUCGCCGGCAGCAUCGCCAAAGAGACGGCUGGCCCUGCCGUCUGCAUCUCCUUCCUCAUUGCUGCCAUCGCUUCCGCAUUUGCCGGAAUGUGUUACGCAGAGUUUGCCUCCAGAGUUCCCAAGGCAGGGUCCGCGUACGUUUACAGCUACGUGACAGUGGGAGAGUUCAUUGCAUUCAUCAUAGGAUGGAAUUUAAUUUUGGAGUAUAUAAUUGGUACAGCGAGCGUCGCUCGGGGGCUCAGCGGUUACUUGGAUGCUCUGGUUGGAGAUGUGAUGCGCAAAACGUUACAGGCCGCGAUGCCUAUAAACAUCGAAUAUCUGUCAGAGUAUCCAGAUUUCUUCGCAUUUGGUGUAGUAGUACUUCUUACAAUCCUGCUCAGCGUGGGAGUGAAGGAAUCGUCAAUUUUAAAUAAUAUAUUCACUGUAAUAAACCUAGCUACUAUCGUGAUAAUCAUAGUGGCAGGAUCCAUCAAAGCUGACCCAGCUAAUUGGAGGAUACCGGUAGAAGAUAUACAUAAUGCAACGAAAAACCCAGGAUCGGGAGGCUUUAUGCCCUUUGGCAUAAGCGGAGUGAUGAUCGGAGCGGCAAAAUGUUUUUACGGUUUCGUCGGUUUCGAUGCUGUGGCAACUACCGGUGAAGAAGCUAAGAAUCCUCAACGCAAUAUACCCAUAGCCAUCGUUAUUUCCUUAAUUAUAAUCUUUACGGCUUAUUUUAGUAUCUCGACCGUGUUAACUAUGAUGUGGCCUUAUUACGAUCAGAACGCCGAUACGCCGUUUCCAUAUGUUUUCGAUCAAAUUGGAUGGCCUACCGUUAAAUGGAUUGUUAAUAUUGGCGCAGCAUUUGCGUUGUGUACGAGCGUGCUCGGCGCGAUGUUUCCCUUGCCAAGGAUACUGUACGCGAUGGGCAGCGACGGAGUGAUUUUCAAGCAACUUGCAAUCGUACAUCCAAAAACGAUGACACCUAUCUUGGGCACAAUGGUCGCCGGUUUACUUACAGGAGUCAUGACACUUAUUUUUAAUCUUCAGCAACUAAUUGACAUGAUGUCCAUAGGAACGUUGUUGGCAUACACAAUAGUGGCGGUAUCCGUUUUAAUAUUGAGAUAUCAGGCAAACAAGGAAAAUACAUCAAAUGUUCAUUCCGCAUCGGCAAUGAAUGAGUACAAAGUAACACCGGUCAAUAUUUUAAAACAAAUUAUUAAUUUACAGAAUCAGAAAGAGAUAACUGAGAUGUCAAAUAAAGUUGCAACAUGCAGUAUUGGAAUUUUAUGUAUCGUUAUAUUUGUCACAGCAAUUUUUAUUAAUUAUACAGAUACCACAGCAUUAGGCAGCAAUGUGAUAGAAUUAGUGAUAUUAAUCGUACUUGUAAACAUAUUGUUAUUAAUAAUGGUUAUUAUUGCAAGACAACCUACCCAAGAUAUUGACUUAGCAUUUAAGGUACCGUUAGUACCACUUCUUCCAUGUUGUAGUAUUUUCAUAAACUUUUAUUUGAUGUUGCAGUUAGAUGGUUUUACUUGGAUGAGAUUUGCUGUUUGGAUGCUUAUAGGUUUUUCUAUCUAUUUUUUUUAUGGUAUAUCUCACAGUGAACAAGGAAAUAGAGACAAGAGAGAGGCUGAAAUAAUAAAACGAAAAUAUGCAGAUCAAGUUAGAAUCGUAACCAGAUUCUAAUAAUCUCGCUACAUGUGAUAUUUUUUUUAUAUAUAUAUUUAAAUAAACAUUUGCUCUAAGAGAAAGACUUUAGCUAUUACACAUGUGACAAUUUUAAAAUACAUUUUAAUAUUAGAUUCACUUUUUAAUAAAUAUAAAACAUUAGAAAUAGGAUAUCAUUCUGAUUGUACAGAUUAUUUUUUACAUGUUAUUCUCAUAGAGCAAAACUUUAAAAUUAUUUCGUUGAAAAAACCUGAGAUAUUGUAUAAUACAUAAGAUUUUAUGAAAACUUUUGUUUUCUUUUGUAUCUAUACACUAAAAUGUACUAACAUAAUGUACAUAUUUUAUUAUAUUAUUUAGAUACUGAAUGCAUAGAUGAAAUAUAUUGUUUUAUAUCAUU